ACUGAUUUCCCUACUGUGGGAAAAGUCCUCCUGGAACAUCCGCGGUGGAGUGAACUCGCCUUUUGCAGCGGAAAAUUAGGCAUCUGUGACACGCGCCCGAGGAAUUUCUUGCAUGUUCUCACAUAUUGUUCAGAAAACCACCAUGUUAGAGUGGAUCAUGGCUUCCUGAUCAAAUCUUAUCGAUUGCUAUAUUCUCUUUCCCUAAACCCAUCAUUGGCUCAGUGAUGAACCACACACCCAGUCCCCACAUGACAGAGGCUGCCAAGUCCGGAUCAGGCUUGUUGUGCGGUCUGGGUUUGGGCCCGGAUCGAGUGCGGUCCCCGGACAGCCUGACCCACACGCCCAGCCCAUCAGGAGGAACGCCAAGCUCCAGCCCUCCUCUGCUGCUGUCUCCAGGGCUGGGCUGUGAUGGUGGCGGGGACUGGGAGAGCCGCGAGGAGCUGCGUCUCCGUGAGCUAGAGGAGGCUAGGGCACGGGCGGCUCAAAUGGAGAAGACUAUGCGCUGGUGGUCAGACUGUACGGCAAACUGGAGGGAGAAGUGGAGUAAGGUGAGGGCUGAGCGCAACAGAGCGCGGGACGAGGUCAGGCAGCUGAGGCAACGUCUAGAUGCCCUAACCAAGGAGCUGACGGGGGCACGACGGGAGCGGCAAGAUCUUGCGUCAGAAAAUGAACAGCUGCGACUGGAGGCCCAAAUGAUCCGGGCUGAACAGAACUCCCCAGUUGAUGCUUCCACCGCACCAGCAUCAAACUCCUCAAUGGCCUCCACACACUCCAACCAGCCAACGGGACCAGACGGCAAGCAGCAGAACCAGGAUGAGGAGAGAGUGACAGAUGGACCAGGCUCUCCAGAGCAGGAACCUGUGAGAGAUGUAGGCACUGACAAACCAGACAAGCAAAAGGAGUUGGAGUUAUUGGAGGCUCUUCUCAGGACAAAGUCAGAUGCUCCAGACUCAUGGGAUAUUCGCAGUGCCAGUAGCUUGCGUUCAGUUCUCAGUCGGCAGGACAGGAGCAGAUUGCUGUGGGAGGACCUAGCUACCCUGGAGGAGGACUCCAGCAAACUCAAUGCCCUCCAGCUACGCUUGGAUGAGUCCCAGAAGGUCCUGCUGAAAGAACGAGACGAUAAACAUGCGCUCAUUAAGAACAUUGAGAAGCUGGAGGCAGAGCUGAGCCAAUGGAAACUCAAAUAUGAGGAACUGAACAAGAGUAAACAGGAGGCCCUAAAACAGCUGAACUUGCUGAAGGAGGUGCAUCAGGACGAGCUGGGCCGCAUGUCUGAAGAUCUGGAGGAUGAACUGGGUGCUCGUACCAGCAUGGACAAGAAACUGGCAGAGCUUCGUACUGAGAUGGAACGUCUGCAGGUGGAGAACGCAGUGGAGUGGGGUCGGCGGGAAUGUCUGGAGACAGAAAAGCUGGCUCUGGAGAGGGAAAACAAAAAGCUGCGUGUCCAGAUGGAAGACCUGGAGGAGCAGCUGGCACGCAAGCGCAGGCAGGCUGCCAGCGCCCUGGACACUGACCUCAAGACCAUCCAGUGCGAACUUUUUGAGAGGAAUAAGGAGCUGGCAGAUUUGCGACACAUCCACUCCAAGGUUAAGAAGCAGUACCAGGAGAAGAUGGCCGAGCUAACACAUGCUACCAGGCGUAUUGAGCAGCAUGAGACAGAAGUUAAGAAGCUCAGACUGAGAGUGGAGGAGCUAAAGAAAGAGCUGGGCCAGGCUGAAGAUGAGUUGGAUGAGGCUCAUAACCAGACCAGAAAGCUACAGAGAUCCCUGGAUGAGCAAGUGGAGCAAUCAGAGAACCUUCAAGUUCAGUUGGAGCACCUUCAAUCCAGACUAAGGCGUCAGCAAAAUCCUGGCCUUUUUGGUAAAAUGAGGACAUCAACUUCAGCACGUUUUGGGCCUGAAGAAGCAGAUGGAGCCCCUAGUGACCUUGAUGAUGAUGAGGAAGAAGAACUGCAGCUUCAGAUCCCCUAAACUAUUCAUUUCACACCUGGGAAUGUAUGAAAGACUAGCAGAUUGCACCCUAGCAUUUCAACAUCCCCUUCAUUUCAUCUCUCAGCUGGAACCAGAAGAGGAUAAAGACUUUGAAAAAAAACUGACUACCAAAACUGUUUUUCUCCAUGCUCCUCAGCAAACAGAUAAACACAAUAAUGUUUUUUCAACAGCUUAAAUGUAUGUACCAGAGCUUAAAAAGUGAUUUUUUUUUUUUUUUUUAAAGUUUGCUUGUGUCCACAAAUGUUGUGUCUGUUACAGUCCAAGAUGGCACAUGGAUUAUAGAUAUAUAGGCAUACAUGGAUAUAUACAGUACAGGUUCAUAGACCAUUAGCUGAGUGAAUUUGCUUUCGUCAUUACUAAAUUUAAUGAUUACUCAUACCAACUUGCAUCUUAUGCUAUUUAUUAAUGACUAUAAGUUUGGGGAUGUCAUGACCCUGGGAUUUAAGCACCAAAAGGCCCAUUUGAAUUCGAGUGACUCCUAGAAACCUAGUGUAGAAGCACAAGUAUGCUUUGGCAUACAGAGUUUAAGCCUAAAACAAGCCCAUUGAAACAUCUGUUCACAUCUCAUUACUGACCCCAGUUGACCUCUGUAUGUACCGAUGCAUACUUAAGCAUCCAUGCUUCUGUAUCUCUCCUACAUGUAUGAAUCCAUUUCUGCUUUUUAUUCUCCAUCUCCUGGAUUAUAAUUGUCUUUUCAACCAUUCAUUUUCACUUUUCCAUUUCCUCUUCCCAUUCGUUUGAUUUCUCAUUUAAUAUUUUGUCAGCUCUGCCACACAGGCCCAUCCCUUAACACUAACUCUCACACCAAUAUUCAAAACAACCCAUUCAAAACUUGAUUAUGUUUCCCAUGUCAGGGGAAUAUUUCAUUUGUGCUGUGUUGUUACUGAAGAGCAAGCAAGUGCUGUUGUUCAGCAGUAGUCCUGCUUAUUUGUCCUAAAUCUUUUCUUAGUGUCAACAAAAACAUGUUUAUGUCUUUGCAGUGGAGGAAUGGUGUUGUUUUAUAUAGGCAAUAGGAAGGGUAUUUUUUGUAUUUGUGUUUGUAUUUUACCGUAAUAAAUGUUGUGUAUAUGUACUGUAUAUAUUGGCUGUGUGACUGUGUUAAAUCAGAGUUUAAGACAACACUUACCUAAAAUCACACAGAUCAUUGCACCAUGCAAUGCUGUGCCUCUCUUUGACAUCUUAAAGAGAUAGUUCACACAAAAAUGUAAAUUCUCAUCAUUUACUCACCCUCAUGCCAUCCCAGAUGUGUAUGACUUUCUUCUUCAGAACACAAAUUAAGGUUUUUAGAAGAAUAUUUCAGCUCUGUAUGUCCAUAUAAUUCAAGAAAAUUGAUUUUGAAGCUUAAAAAAAAAUCACAUAAAGGCACCAUAAAAGUAAUACAUAUGACCCCAGUGGUUUAAUCCAUGUCUUCAAGAGAGAUGCAAUCUCUCUGGAUGAGAAACAGAUCAAUAUUUAAAUCCAUUUUUACUAUAAAUCUCCUCUUCCACAGAAUGUGAAAGUGUAGAUUGAUGGUAAAAGGACUUAAAUAUUGAUCUGUUUUUCACUCACACCUAUCAUAUUGCUUCUAAAGACACAGGGUUUUUCUCAAAUUUUAAGAAUGCAGAGAACGGACCUGUGUUCUUAUGAAGAGCAGUCUUGCCAAGCUACCUUGGAAGAAUGAACUCAGAAGGACAGGAGGACGUUAAACGCAUCUAUUGCGAGCUUUGCGAUGUGCUGCAGUCCUGUUGUACAAAUAACUGUGACAGCAGAUUUGAAUCCAGUAAGUGAACUACUGGCAUUAUCACACCCUUGACAGCAUUAAUAUCAUCACACCAGUGAGGUUUUGCAAGACUAGUGACGCGUUAAAAGAAAAAAGUCUGUAAACACUUGUUAUCUCCAAGUUUAUUACUGAAUUAAAAUUAUGCCCCAAAAACAACUCACAAGCCGUCAGACUUUCACGAUCUUACAUCAGAAACUCUUGAGUAAAAAAAAAACUGAUAAUUUCCUUCAUCUGCCACCAUAGUACCAAGUUCUUGCUCACAAGUUGCAUUCUCGAUUUCAAGGACACAUCUUUAUAGUUUUCUGUACUUGCAUUCUUGAAGAUUGGAAUCAUGCAUUGUCAGUGUAUGAUGACAUAGAACAAGUCCACGAGAACGUAAGAACACAAAACAACGCUAAUUGAGAAACCUAUAUAAAUUCAACCACUUGAGUCUUAUGGAAUACUUUUAAGCUGCCUUGAUGAUAUUUGGAGUUUCAAAGUUCUGGCCAACAUUCACUUGCAUUGUAUGGACCUACAGAGCUGAGAUAUUCUUCUAAGCAUCUUUUUUUGUGUUCUGCAGAAGAUCAUUUUUAUUUUUGGGUGAACUAUCACUUUAAAGCUUAAGUCAAUAGUUUCUGCAAUACUCGUGUCACUAAUCAAAAUUACAAAAUAAAUAAUAAAAAAUAAAUUGUUUUGUAACAGAUUUUUGAAUGCACCCUCUUUCUGCCAUUGGUCAAGCAGAUAGUCCCACUCAAAGCUAACAGCAUUAGCUAAGUUAAUGUUGGGCUGAACGGGUCACUCAAACAAACAGUUCAAUGUUUGAAAGCACCAGAGACGGUGUUU